AGCUACAUUCCAGGCACUGUACUGAGCACCGGGAUAGAUACGAGCUUAUCAGGUUGGACAUUUGUGAAGUCCUUCUACACAGUGGAAAUGGAAAACCACACCAGGGUGAAAGAACUUAUCUUCUUAGCAUUUAUGGAGUUUCGAGAGCUGGAGAUUUUCCUGUUUGUAGUGUUCCUCACAGUGUAUUUAACAGGCGUGUUGGGAAACUUGCUAAUUGUGGUCACUGUGACCAAAGAAGAUUCUCUACUCCACACACCCAUGUACUUCCUGCUUCGAAACAAGGCAGUUCUGGAUAUCAUUUUUCCCUCCAUCAUGUUUCCUAAGUUCCUAGUCGACCUUCUGUCUGAGAAAAGGACCAUCUCCUUCAAUGGCUGCAUGACUCAGAUGUUUUUCUUCCACUUCAUUGGAGGAGCUGAUGUCUUCUUUCUCUCAGUGAUGGCGUUAGACCGAUACCUUGCCAUCUCUAGGCCGCUGCGCUACGUGACCCUCAUGAGACAAGAAACUUGGAUGGGGUUGAUUAUGGCUUCAUGGGUGGGUGGGGGUUUGCAUUCCAUUGUUCAGAUCAUUCUGUUGUUCCCUUUACCCUUCUGUGGCCCCAAUGUCCUUCAAGCUUUCUACUGUGAUGUCCCCCAGGUCCUCAAACUUGCCUGCACUGACACCUCUACCCUCGAGCUGUUGAUGGUCUCCAACAAUGGAUUGUUGACUCCACUCUGGUUCUUCCUGCUGCUGGGAUCCUACGCGGCCAUCUUGGUGAUGCUCAGGUCCCACUCGGGAGAAGGGAGGAGCAAAAUGCUCUCCACCUGCACCUCCCACAUCACGGUGGUGACUGUCCAUUUUGUGCCAAGCAUCUACAUCUACUGCCGUCCCUUCACCGUCCUGCCCAUGGACACAGCCAUUUCCCUGACCAAUACUGGUUUCACCCCCAUGUUGAACCCCAUGAUAUAUACCCUGAGGAACAAGGAGAUGAGGACAGCCAUGAGGAGAUUAAAAGGACGACGUGACUUCUGA